AUGGCGCCAACACUCUGUUUCAACUGCCAGGCCGCGAGAGCCGUGAUAAUACGACCCAAAAACCGCCAUAAACUAUGCAAAGCAUGUUUUAUCGAAAUAUUCGAGACCGAAAUCCACGAAACCAUCGUCUCGACCUCGUUGUUCAAGCGCGGGGAACGAAUCGCCAUCGGCGCUAGUGGUGGGAAAGAUAGUACAGUGCUGGCGUCUGUGAUGAAGACGCUCAAUGAGCGAUACGAUUAUGGAUUGAAUCUCGUGUUGCUGUCCAUCGACGAAGGCAUCAAGGGAUAUCGAGAUGAUAGUUUAGAGACCGUCAAGCGCAACGCGGAACAAUACGAAAUGCCACUCGAGAUCGUCGGAUAUGAUGAAUUAUAUGGUUGGACCAUGGAUCAGGUCGUCGCUCAAGUCGGUAAGAAGGGAAAUUGUACAUACUGUGGCGUCUUCCGAAGACAGGCCCUCGACCGCGGCGCGGCACGACUGGGUAUCAAGCAUAUUGUAACGGGCCAUAAUGCGGACGAUGUCGCAGAAACGGUAAUGAUGAAUCUCUUACGUGGUGAUCUGCCGCGUUUAUCGAGGGGUACGAGUAUCGUCACGGGUCAAGAUAGCUCGGAUAUGAAGCGUAGCAAGCCGCUCAAAUAUGCAUACGAGAAGGAGAUUGUGCUAUACGCGCAUCACAAGAAGCUGGAUUAUUUUAGUACGGAGUGUAUCUACUCGCCAGAGGCCUUCCGUGGUAGCGCCCGAACGCUUAUCAAGGAUCUCGAGAAGAUCAGACCGAGUUCUAUCCUUGAUAUUGUGCGAAGUGGCGAAGAUAUGGCAUUGUUGGUACCGCCUCAAGUCAGUAGUGUGAAGCGCGCCUCUUCUACCGCCGAUACGGAUGAUUAUUCGACCGGUGGAUGCGGAAACCAUAAUGGCCGGUCUAGUGGCGGGGAAAUGGCAGCGAUGGAGAAGCAACUUGCGGCGAAUGAGGCUGCCGAAGAUCAUGAAAUUGAAAUAACGCUGCCGACUGCCAAUGAUCCCAAAAAGCCAAAGAAAAUUGCUCAACAGCAGAUCAAGGGAAAGACAAUCAGGGCUCAGGUUAUGGGCAAAUGCGAGCGUUGCGGAUAUAUUUCGAGUCAGAAGGUCUGCAAGGCGUGCAUGUUGCUGGAUGGCUUGAAUAAGAAUAGGCCCAAGACUUCGAUUGAGGUUGGCUAUGAAGAGGAAGAGAGUAGCUCGACGUUGAUGCGUCAGAUGGAGAGUGUGCAAUUGACAUCUGGCUGA